CUUUGCUGUUAAAAUCUAACCUUAUAUCAAAUCCGUUUGUUUACGAUAACUAGCUGCUUGGCUACGCAAGUUUCUUUGCUAUUGUUCGUUGAUAAGUAUUUAUUUAUUUUUUUACAAUUUAAAUGGAAUCGGAAAUUGAUGAAUCUCUUGCUGCAAAGCGCAGAAAGACAGAAAUAAGUGAACGAGAUUCCAAUAAUGAUAUUGUUUCUGAGGAUGUAGUUUCAUCAGAUGAUUAUGAUACAUUUCUGCAAGACUACUUAAAUAGAAGACCCAAAAACAAUUUGCCAUUAUUUGAAAGAGUUAUAAAGCAUGAGGAAGAUGAAGCGAAAGAAAGAGAUCCUGCUGAAGAUCUUAAGCUAUACAAGGAUGCGUGUGCUGAUUUUGCUGAUUGUGUUAUGGAUAUUACUGAAAUAAAAGCAUCCAAACCUGAUGGAUGGAAAGAAAAAAUAAAUGAACUUCGUAAAGAAGCUGCAUUCAUAACUUUAAUAAUGAAAAAAUUAAAUAGAGUUGAGAAAACUAGAACCAAAAUAUCUCGUGAAAGAAUUAAUAAAGAAAGACAUCAGGUUGAUGUUGCACAGCUAAAACUUGAUAAUUUGUUGUGUGAAAUACAACAUUUAAGAAAAGAAAUUGAUAAAUGUUUAAAAUUUAAGUCCCGACCACUAGGAAUUGAUUUAAUUCCAGUUCAAGAAUUCUAUGACAAAGCUCCUGCAUCUAUAUCCAAACCCGAAGUAACAAAAGUUGAUGAACAUAAAUUACAGCUAGCUCGUUUAGAAUGGGAACUGACUCAACGGAAAGAAUUAGCGACUCUCCUUAAUGAUUUAGAAGAUAAGAGGUCCCAUAUAACUGAGCAAAUCGAGAAAAAAGAGAAAGAUUUGAACAGUUUAGCUCCCCUUAUCAAGGAAGUUUUGGUUGUAACUCAACCAUUACAGGAUAAGUUAGGCAUCUCACCGUUUAAAACAUUACCUAUGAGUGAUUAUACUUCUCUGUUACCUGAGCCGUUAUAUUUCUUGUACAUUCAAGCAAUAGCUUUUAGUGAUGCCUGUGAUAAAGAUAUAUCAGUGGAUAUUAAAGGCAGUGUUUCUGAAGCCAGACGUGUAAAAUCCCAUCAAUAUCGGGAAGAAGUGAAAACUUCUGAAGAGGAUAGUGAAUUGGAGGAAGGAUCAUCAAGUGGAACUAAGAAAAAUUUUGAAGCGGGGAGACAGAAGUUGUUUACUAAACACCCUCUGUCAGUCAUUCUCAAAAUUUUGCUGAAAGAUGGAAGUAAACUUGAUCUCCAAUUCAAUUAUUAUUUAAAUCUUCACAUAUUGACAGUUAUCCCUGUUUUAAAUCUGGCAUCAUCUUCUUCACAUGGUUUGUUGAACUCCACUACGCUUCUGUCUAAUUUAUUUCAAGGAGAUUCAGGAGUAGAAAGUCCAAAUUUGAAGAAUUAUUACCAACUUAAAAAGGUUGGACUGGAAUGUUUUAACACUGAAAAAUACGGCACCCCAUACGUAUGGGUACAAAAAAUGGGAGGAUUAAAUUUCAUUGGAAUUGAUGGAAAAGUUGAACCGAAGCAGGAUGUUUCGAGGGCAAAUAUGCCAGUCAUUAUAAAGGAAUUGAAACGGAGAUGUCACUAUCGUUUGUCACUUAUCUCACUUAUGGAAGAUUUCGAAAGAGGUGUAAUUGCGCCACCAAAAGAUAUGAGGUCAAUUAAGUUAUGUUGCUCAUUAAAAGCUUGGAAGUGUUCAUCUUGGCUGGAAAUAAGUGAAAAUUCUUCAUUGAGCCAUUUGAAGGAUUCCUGUUUCAUUUCACCUAACGAUAUGUUUUUUAAAGGAGUUGUUUCUAGAGAUGAUGCUAAAUUAAACAUGUAUAUAUCUGUGAAAUGUGACUAUCCCUUAUCUCCAUCUGUAAUUUUUAUGGAAAUGGAAUGUGGAAAUGAAAAAUUUACUUCUAAAAACAGUUCUACACUCCGGGAUAUGGAAAGAGAAGUAAAUAUUUAUUGGAAAGAGUUACUGACAUCCAGGACAGAAGCAUCUUCAUCGUUAAGUUAUCAAAUAUUCAAGACAAUGGCUUGUUUUGAUAUCUUAUUGGAGUCGAUCGAUCCUGAAAAAUUUUCUUCAAAUAAAAAUAUUCUACGUCUCCAUAGGGGAAGAAAUCGCUCUCUACCAUUCAAAUUUGUACCUGAAGACUUACUUUUUGUUCAAAGAAAUUAAGUAAUUUAUUAUUUUUGAAUACAUGAAUACUGCAAAAAAACAAAAAAAAAAAAAUUUUUUUAGAAAAAUAACAACAUAUAAAUGUAAAUUUGUACAUACAACUUGCAUCUUAUUUCAAGCCUUGUACAUACAAUAAUAUUUUAAUAAAAUAUUUAUAAAAUUUUCUAUAA